GGAAAAGCCAUUGUGCUGUCCCUUUUGUAAGCUAACCCACUAAUUUUGCCCCGCUGUUUUCCAACAUAUUUCUCGGCGGCAGCUGGGAGAAACAUGGCCACCGACAUACCGCCAGGGAGUCUGGACCUGGAGUCCCAGCUUUUAUCCAUAAUGGACGUCCUGGUGAAAACGGCUGUCACAGAAAUCAGUCAGCUGUUCUCCGCGAGCUCGGCGUCCCUGCGGCUUCAUCUGAGCCAGAGCCUGAAGGAAAACGAGUCUCUGAGGAUGAGGAUGAAGGUGAUGAGGAGUGAGCUCUUCUCUCUCAAACUGCAGACCAGGACGAACCGACCAGCCAGCCGCUUCAACCCGACGAGAGUAAAUCUCACCAAACCCAGGAUCAAACCACCAGGUAGGUACCCAGAACUUUUACUUCAAUAAGUACUUCUGUCUUUAGAAACAAGCGACGAUACAAAAAACUAAAUAACUCACCUGUUUAAUUAAUAUUCAGAUGGACAUUUCUGACUUUAUUUUUUUAUGAAUGGAAAAUCCUGCGCACAUGCAUUCUGCCCCAUAGACAAAAGCGAUUCCCAUUCAGUAAACAAUAAACAUCUGCUUCUUACCACGUGACUUUUACGUCAUUUACAUGUAUGUAGGUUAUAUCCGCCUUCUUAUAAGCAAAUCAGACUGACAAUCACAGCACCGAUGACAUUACUAACAGAUUCUGUGGCCAUAAAGGGAACAAGCAGUAAACUGCGACGUAAAAAUGACACCUUGGCUUGGGGGAGUGAUUUCUGUUUUCUUUACUUUUUAAUUUUAAAACUUAAAUGAAAUUGUCAACAUUUACCCCAUACAUGGGGUAAGUUGACCAUAGGAGACCACUUCUUUUUUGGCAUGCUAUAUUAUCAAGACAGUUAUGUUUACACUCAUUCUGUUGGUUUGCUGGGAUGCACAACAUCUUGAAAUAAAUGCAGAUAUACUAAUAAGAGACAAAACUAUGAUUACCUUGAUGUAGUGAUCCAAGAUAUGACAAAUGGCUCAUUUUACCCCACUCUUCCCUUUUUUUAAGAGGAUAAGACCCUUAAAGUGAAUCAUCUUUUCUUGAGGGGUCCUCAGAACAAUUUUAAUGUUCAGUAUGUUCAUGUCCUCACCCAUUCACCCCCCCCCGCCGCCCCACACACACAAACAUUUAUCACAAAACUAGUAAAACUAAGUCUCUUCCUUCUUUUUUUUAGUUGUCACUAAAACAGCAGCUGCUCAAAAGACUGUUGGGGAAGCAGUUGCUAUUUCACUACCGUCAGAGAGCAAGACCCCCACUGCUGCUCCUCAGGUGGAGGUAAACACAGUUCUUAAAGUUCACAUACUUUCAGCCACUAAUUUUUUGUUUGACACUGUGAUUGGACAUGUAUUUAUAUUUCUAUUUUUUAGUGUGCAGAUGUGGAGAGCCCAGAUGUUAUCCUGAUCAAAGAUGAAGAGGACAUUGGAGAAUGUGUGCCAGUUAAAGGUGAGAAUCACACUGAGACUGUACUAGUGCAUCCGGACACACCAGAUAGACUUUUUCCCAUAUCCAUAGUAUGAGAUAUCGUUCGCAUCCAUACAGGCAACACUCCAUUGAUGGACUUCAGAAGGGCAGUACCUUUAGAGAGACUCAGGUAUGACUGGACAAACAUUCUGUCCAGUCAUACACAUUCAAUAUAGGCUAAUCAAAAGCUACAAAACAUAUAGUGUAGUUGGUGUGUGCCAUCCUCAAAGCAGGAAACUAGCUCAACAGGCAGUCAUUAUCAUGUAAAUAUUUAAUUCUUGCUGAUUUGGUCAGUCGAGGAUCAUGUGUUUGAUGCAAACACAGUCUGGCCGAUCCAUCUGCUUUUCUUGGUUACUCACUUAAAGAUAGACUUCUUUUUCAAACAAUUGUUUGACUUAUGAGUCAAAGUUUCUUGAGUCAUGAGGGUUUUUUUCUGUCUCUUCAGGUAGGAAUGACUUCAGACUCGGUGCUCAGGGUGUUGCAACAGGGAAUUUACAGCCCCCUGGCUCCUCCUGCCUGACAGAAAGUGAGAUGGGGCUGAGAAUCGUGAGUGUUCAUGGACGAGGGGAAGGGCCUCUGCAGGAGGAAGACAGCCUCUUUAACAUCUCCCAACUCCAGGCUUUUAGCUCUCUAUCUCCUGACCACAACAACCCCCAUAAUAGUCUCAUGGAUUUCACUUCUGGAGUCAGUGACAGAGCCCAGAUCAGAGGAGUGCAGGAGAACAGUGUUGGAGUGGAAAGAAGCAACACCACCCAGAUAUCUUCAUCAGGAUCAAAUUCUGCAUUACAAGCAUUAGUCGGGCCUGAUCGUCAUGUAGGGCAACUCGGUUUUGUCAGCCAGUUCCCGCAGCAACCGAACCUCUUCCCUCAAACUCUCAACAAAUCCCUGGACUGCAGCUUUUGUGGCGAGCACUUCCUCAACCGUGAAGACCUGAUUGUACAUCGGGCAAGUCACACUGGUGAGUUGCCUGUUUCUUGUUCAUAUUGUGGCAAGUCCUUCUACAACAAGGCCACGCUGAACAUCCACAUGCGGAUUCACACCGGGGAGAAGCCCUUUGCAUGCACACAGUGCGGGAAACGCUUCACGCAGAAUGGCAGCCUGAAGAUCCACCUGAGAACUCACUCUGGAGAGAAGCCGUACACCUGCAAUCAGUGCACCGCCAGUUUCAACAAUCCAAGCAACCUGCGCAGGCAUAUGAUCACACACAGCACAAAUGGAGCCCUGUGACUAUGAGAGAGUCAAAGAUUUUACAGCAUGUUGUGUUCACUGACACAUGCCUCAUGGUUCUCAAAGAAAAUAUGUUUCCUGGGGCACCAUUUUGAGUCUUUCUUUUUUUUUUUAAAGAAAACCAGGAAUUGACCACUUUCCAGUUAAAGAAUGGAUAUUUUAAAAACUGAAAUGCCUUUUCUAUCUUUGUCCACUACCUGUGGGACUACCGGAGAGAAAUAUUUUUAUAAAAAGCUGUGAAACUUGUAAAACUUCUGUUGUUUCUCAUUCAUCUUUCAAGGAAAUGAACUUUAUAUAAUUUGGUAUAUGUUGUCUAUUUUUCUCCUUACAUGACCCACUCUGCAAAUUAUAUAACUUUAGCUCUAUGCCAAGUCAUUCAUUGUCUAAAUAACGUUAAUUACAAGUGACCCCUUUAGUUGCCAUCUGGACUUUUCUGUCAGGAUGAACACUUUUAACUGUGUUUGGAUGGCUGAACAUGCAACAGAUGCAUAUUUAGAAGCCAGAUUGGACAGACAUCCACACUGAAAGGAAGUAACAAAAAUACAAGAGGAAUGAAUUUGCAAGUAGGACAAAAUACAUCAUUUUAUCUCACAAUGGAGAGGUAUUUACUGUGUUAUAGUUAACACUCCUGAAAGGUUUCAGUGUAUGAUUAAUAAACUGUAUGUACUUUCUGAAAAUGUGAGUGCUACAGCUCGUGCAAAUCUCGUUCAUUUGCCUCUUCAAAUAUAUUUUUACACCAUGUUAACUGCUCUGUCAGCGCCAUUAUGCUAUAAAGCAGUCCUGAAUAUUAAUUUAACCUCAGGGCUCUGAAGGAAAUGUUAAAAGAGCAAAUUGUAAAGGUUUCAGAAGUGAUCAUCUUCAUCAUCUAUCAUCAGUUGUAGCACUCAACUUGAGGUACAAUAAUGUUCACAAAUGUAUGGUGCUUUAACCUGGUUUUUAAAUUUGCAAAAUGUGUUUUUGAAUCUUAAUUUUCCCUUAGACUCAGAUUUAUCAUUGUGAUCAUGAUAAUAUAGUAGAACUUUAAAAAAGUUUGGUUUGUUGUGAGAAAAGCUGCAUGACAAGGAUCUGGGAAGAGCAGUAAACUCCUGCUUUCUUUUUGAGUUUGUGUGCUCCUUUCAUUUAAAAAGCAAAAACUACCUCUACUGUUGUCUUCUUCGCAGCCCUUUCCGACAUUUAUACACUUUCAAAUAGUUUCAUACUGAGCAAUGAUCAUUGAAGUGAAGUAAGUGUGAGUUCUGUUGCUGUGUUUUUAAAAUGCUAUUUGGGAUAAAAUGUGAAUAAAUAUAUAUAUUUUUGUACAAUUA